UAGUUUGUAAGAAUGCUCAAAAGAUGAAUUGUUCCAAUUUGUAUCUCCAAAUCAAAAUGAUCAAUAAUUGAGUAAAACUACUUCAAGGGGAGAAUCAAUAUCACUGUGGAUAAUAUUUUAUUUGGAUACCACUGUAGAUUUGUAUAUAUUAUAACGCCAAUAUGCCUUCAGCAAAGAACGGUAUGUGGGGAGUCGUGAGAGCCGCUCAAGUCACUCGAGCUUCAUUUCUCGGUAAAGGAAGUUACGACAAGGACGCGAAAAAGAAGAACAAUAGCAAACCACGUCGAUCAGUGUCUGCGGUAUUUGAUCCAACAACGGGGGAAUAUUACCAUGAUCCUUACUAUCCGUAUAGCCCUUCUACUACAAGUCCAAGAAGCUUAGAGGCUAUAUACGAAGAAGGACCGUUUGAUCAAAAUCACAACUCUCGCUCAAGGACCCGGUAUAGUACCUCCGAUCUUCAAAACUAUACAAAUAACCGUUUUUAUGAUAAUCCCGCUUACGUGAGUGACAGUUCCACUGCAAACAGGCGGGCGACAUUAUCAAAUGUAUCUGACGUCUAUUACGCUCAGAGACAGACGUCUUUUCCGCAGCAUCCACCAGCUUAUGAACCGAAUCUUCAUUGGAACACCGCUAGAAACAAAUCAUCGGUUUCUAAACUUGGACAAUCAGUGAAGUCAAUUGUCAAAAAGAGCAAAAUAGCAAAAGAUUUUCAGAGGAGAUCGCGCAGCACCGGAAGCUUGACAUCAGAAAGGUCAAAUCAAAGCCACCUUGGAAAUCGAACGGGCCGUAUCAGAAUGCAAUCAGUUGGAUCAUCUGUGAUGGGAGAAUAUGACGAUGUCAACCAUUCACGGAGCUCGUUUGGAACUCUUCCACACAGUGGAGACGUCUUUGACGAUUUCGCUGCCGGACCACAUUAUCACAGCAACGCAGACGACACCGAGGACAGUAUGUCUCUGUUCAGUCUACAUGGGACCGCCCGGAUCCAUAGGGAUCUACCUGGAAACAAUAUUUCCGGAUCCGGUUCCGGAUAUACCCGGCGUACAAGAGGACAAGCAGCUCCAUCAUAUAAAGACAUUCUCGCUGUACACGAGAAGCAUAAAAUGGCGCGUUUCGCUGAAGAAUAUGCUUCCAAAAGACGACCCGGUGGCGGCCCCGGAGCUGGCGGAGGCAAAGGGCCUGGAGGAAGAGGUGCUGGCGGACCAUACAAAAUGACACUGGCACAGCAAGCCCGAACAAUGUCAUAUUAUAACCCAGUACCGAAACAGCAGAGCUGCAUCACAGCAAACAGAUCAUUAUUUAUUUUCAGCGAGGAUAACUUCGUCCGGAAGCUAGCGAAACGAAUCAUCGAGUGGCCUCCUUUCGAAUACAUGAUUCUAUUAACCAUCGUAGCAAACUGCAUAGUACUGGCAUUAGAAGGUCAUUUACCAAAAGGAGACAAGACUCCGAGAACACAAAAAUUGGAAUUUACAGAGCCUUAUUUUUUGGCAAUAUUUAUUAUUGAAUCGGCGCUAAAGAUACUGGCGCUGGGCUUCGUUUUGCACAAAGGUUCCUAUCUACGUAACGGAUGGAACAUCAUGGAUUUCACUGUAGUAGUCACGGGAUGCAUUACCUAUUUUGAGGUUGUUGGUUCUUCAACCGGAUCCGGUUUUCAAACACUUAGGGCAGCCAGAGUCCUGAGGCCGUUGAAACUAGUAUCCGGUAUACCAAGUCUUCAAGUCGUUCUCAAAUCAAUCAUGAAGGCGAUGGUUCCGCUUCUACAAAUCGCUGUACUUUUACUUUUCUUCAUCGUUGUUUGUUCCAUUAUUGGUCUUGAACUUUAUAUGGGAAAGUUCCAUAAAACGUGCUAUACUGAAUCUAAUGGUGAAAUAUUGCGACAAAACCAGAUAUGUUAUGGUAACGCUACCAUUGAUUCUGGCGAGGAAGACUCGUUACCCUAUCGCUGCCCAAACGGCACUUAUUGUGCUGAGUGGGACAUGGGUCCAUACUAUGGUAUUACAACUUUUGAUAAUAUCGUAUUUUCGAUGAUGACCGUGUUUCAAUGUAUUACGAUGGAAGGUUGGACAGAUAUUCUCUAUUUCGCCGUCGACGGUCAUAUCUCCGCAUUUGACCAAAUUCUGGAUUAUAUUUACUUCUGUCUGACGGUGAUUUUCGGCUCGUUCUUCAUGUUAAAUCUUGUUCUUGGUAUUCUGAGCGGCGAAUUCGCGAAAGAACGAGAAAGAGUCGAGAACCGAAGAGCAUUUCUGAAGUUGAGAAAAAGGCAACAACUAGAUAGAGAGUUGACAGGAUAUCUCGAAUGGAUGCAAAAAGCAGAGGAAGUUAUAUUGGAAGAAGAAGAACGUUGUCUUGAAAGAUCUGCAUUAGAAGCCCAUCGUCGGAGAGUUGCACACAAUCGCAGUCACACUGACCUUUUAGAUUCAGAUGAAACCUCUUAUUCCGAUAUAUCAAGCACUGUGGGGAAAAAGAAUCGAUUCACACGAUCCAUACCCAACUCAAAACCUUCAAACGCACUUAUAAGAUGGCUAACUCGGAAAGAACGGAGAUUAUGGAUAAAAGUUCGUCAUCUGGUGAAAAGUCCAAUAUUUUAUUGGGUGGUGCUAACAUUAGUGCUUUUAAAUACUGGUUUCACAGCCAGCGUCCACUACCAGCAACCUGAAUGGUGGACAAAUUUUUUAUAUUAUUCCGAAUUUGUAUUCUUGGGACUCUUUUCCACUGAAAUCCUUUUAAAAAUGUAUGGUUUGGGAGUCCGUACAUACUUCCGCUCAUCUUUCAAUAUUUUCGAUUUUGCGGUCAUCUUAGCUUCAAUAUUCGAAAUCAUUUGGUCAAUGAUAAGGCCUUCAAUGUCGUUUGGACUCAGUGUACUGAGAGCGCUGAGACUUCUUCGCGUAUUCAAAUUCACAAGGGCUUGGUCUGGUCUCCGCAACCUCGUGGUGUCGCUGAUGAGUUCAUUACGAUCGAUUAUGUCUCUUAUAUUUUUAUUAUUUUUGUUUCUCGUCGUCUUUGCACUGCUCGGAAUGCAAGUCUUCGGUGGCAAAUUCAGCUUUCCUGAAGGAAAUCCGAAUUCAAAUUUUGAUUCAUUUCCGAGUGCAAUUUUAACUGUGUUUCAAAUACUCACCGGUGAAGACUGGAAUGUAGUUAUGUACAACGGUGUUCGUGCCUUGGGUGGUGUAGCUGGAAAUGGAUUACUGUGCUCGCUUUAUUUUAUUUUCCUGGUGCUUUUUGGUAAUUACACGCUUUUGAACGUAUUCUUGGCUAUCGCGGUAGACAAUCUAGCUACAGCACAAGAAUUAACCAAAGACGAAGAGCAAGAGAAAGGUACAAAAGAAGCUCAAAAAGCUCUUCGAGUUGCUCAUGAAAUGGAAUCAGUCAGUCCUGGAUCGAUGGAUAAUUUAUUGCAACGAAACCUCACAACAGCACCACAGCCUUCAAUGUGGGAAAAUCGUCGCCGGGAAAUGAGAAAACAUUUGCGAAUUUCCGAUGACGGAUCCCUAAUGGACGACAGCGAUGAUGACGUAUAUGUUCCUGGGCAACGAGGAGGAAAAUGUGGAAAAUAUUUUGACGUUUCUCAUAACUCGUCUCCAGCUCGUAAUCCGGAUGAGCCGACAUCUGGAAAGAAUUCACCACAGAAAGCAAUGAGUAGAGAUAACAGCAAAUCUCCUAUAGCCAACCACGUAAACAACUGCAUGACUUCGCCCGAGAAAACGAACAGCAAUUCUAAUAAAAGGGAGAGUCCACAUCGGACAAAAUUGGACAAUACUGAUCCCGAGAAAGGACUUCUGAAACCGGUUUCGCGUCGUAAUUCACCUAAUUUAUCAAUGAGAGGUUGCGAGUCGCCAAGUCCAGCUGCCAUGGCGGGAAUACACGGGGUCGCAAUGUCUCAAAUUAACGCAAACACAAUAGCUCAGCUUCAAAGUAACGUUAGACAUGACGAAGAGGAGUCCGACGAGGAAGCGUCGGACGACAGCAGUGAAGACGGACCGAAAGAAAUAUUACCAUCAAGCUCAAUGUUUAUAUUUAGUUCCACCAAUCCGAUCCGAGUCGCUUGUCACUACAUCGUCAACAUGAAAUAUUUCGAGACGACAAUAUUAGUUAUUAUCGUAUUGAGCAGUAUCACUUUGGCUGCAGAAGAUCCGGUCAACAAGGAAUCUUACAGAAACGACAUCUUAAAUUAUUUUGAUAUUAUUUUUACCGCUGUAUUCACGUUUGAAAUGGUUAUAAAGAUGAUCGAUUUGGGCCUUGUUCUCCAUUCUGGGUCUUAUUUUCAUAGUUUAUGGAACAUUCUGGAUUUUGUUGUCGUCUGCAGCGCUCUUGUUGGAUACGGCCUCAUGGCCUCAGAAGACCCAACUCUCGAUUUAGGCGUGAUUAAAUCGCUUCGUGUUGUGAGAGUAUUACGACCGUUGAAAACAAUCAAAAGAUUACCAAAACUGAAGGCUGUUUUCAUGUGUGUUGUCAACGCUUUCAAGAAUGUUGCUACUAUAUUGAUUGUCUACAUGCUUUUCAUGUUUAUAUUCGCUGUCAUCGCGGUUGAAUUGUUCAACGGAAAAUUUUACUACUGUACAGAUGAGUCGAAACAUUUUAAAAUGGAGUGCAAGGGCAAUUAUAUUGAAGAAAAUUCAGACGGUACUUAUGCUGUUAAACCCAGAGAGUGGAAAAGACGAGAUUUUCAUUAUGAUAAUGUACUAUACUCAUUUCUCACUCUAUUUGUCAUUUCAACUGGCGAAGGAUGGCCGGAUGUUCUGUGGAACUCCAUUGAGUCAACUUCUGAAGACCAAGGUCCCAUUCCUUACAAUCGAAUGGAAGUUUCACUCUUUUACAUCGUAUUUUUUAUCGUUUUCCCGUUUUUCUUUGUCAACAUAUUUGUGGCUUUAAUCAUCAUUACUUUUCAACAAGAGGGAGAAGACGCAAUGUCAAAAUGUUCACUUGAAAAGAACGAGAGAGCCUGCGUCGAUUUUGCUAUUUCGGCAAAACCUCUGACGCGUUUCAUGCCCGCAAAUAAAAGCGGAUUGCAAUACAGAGUAUGGAAGAUAGUCGUUUCUCCCGUCUUUGAAUGGUUUAUUAUGGGGCUUAUUGUGCUAAAUACGAUUGUAUUGAUGCUCAAGGAUCGAUGGAGGAUACAGAAUUCAAGUCAAUAUGAAGAUGGCCUCCACUACAGCAACUUAGCCUUUACUGGCCUCUUUACACUCGAAUGUUUGUUAAAGAUGAUGGCGUUUGGCCCUAUUAAUUAUUUCAAAGAUGCCUGGAAUUCUUUUGACUUCAUCACUGUUCUUGGGAGCAUUGCUGAUGUUUUGAUUACUCUACUGGCGCACAUGAGACAAGAAACGGAGUCUGGUUUCAUCAACCUGAGCUUUUUGCGACUGUUCCGAGCGGCUCGUCUCAUUAAACUCCUGCGGCAAGGUGAAACGAUACGGAUUCUACUGUGGACAUUUGUACAGUCAAUAAAGGCCCUGCCUUACGUCUGCUUGUUGAUGGUAAUGCUGUUCUUCAUAUACGCUAUCAUCGGUAUGCAGUUAUUUGGAAAUAUAAAAUUGGAUGCAGAAACUCAGAUAAAUCAUCAUAAUAACUUCAGAGAUUUUAUACAAUCUCUCAUGCUGCUAUUUAGGUCUGCAACGGGAGAGGCCUGGCAGAGUAUUAUGCUUGAUUGCGUUAGCGCUGAAUGCGAUCCAAGGGCGGGAGCAGAAGACAAGAAAUGUGGCAACAUGAUAGCAUAUUUUUACUUUACGAGUUUUAUAUUUUUCUGCUCUUUCCUGAUGCUUAAUCUGUUUGUUGCUGUAAUCAUGGACAACUUUGAAUACUUAACGCGCGAUUCAUCCAUACUUGGUCCUCACCAUUUGGACGAGUACAUUCGUGUUUGGGCGGAGUAUGACCCACAGGCAACAAGCUAUAUAAAGUUUUCGGACAUGUUUGAUAUGUUACGACACAUGGAGCCGCCUCUGGGGUUCGGGAAAAACUGUCCAAAUCGCGUUGCAUAUCGACGACUGAUACAAAUGAAUAUGCCUUUGAAUUCCGAAAAAAAGGUUAAUUUUACAACAACGUUAAUGGCGCUUAUUAGAGCGUCGUUGCAGAUAAAAAUUCUUCCACAGAAUAUUGAUGGCGCUGGGAAGACCUACAGAGAUCAAAAAGUGCUUGAUGAUCAGCUGAGAAAAGAAAUCAAACUUGCUUGGAAUAAUCUUGAUCAGAAAAAACUUAACUUAUUGGUGCCUCAAGAAAAUAGAGAAAAUGAUGUCACAGUUGGUAAAGUCUACGGAGCGUUGCUAAUGUACGAACACUGGAGAGCAUACAGGAGUCGACGUGAUGGAAACACGACUGCAUUGGCGCCACGCAACGCCGUAAUGCAGACAAUGGCGAGCGCGGACGAUCACGAUGGGCAUAAUUUGAGGAUGGCUAGAGGAGCUAGCUUGGCAUCCAUUGUGUCUGCAAUUUCUGCGAAGAGUGGAAGAGAGAAUGCAUUAUCUUAUGAACCAGGUGGAAGUAAUCUGCGAGUGCCAGGAACUCAGAGCGAAGAAAAACUGGAUCAUACCGAUAACGACAAGCAUAGUCACGAUACAGUGCCCUCAGCCUAUACGAAAGAUGACAGUGAAUUGUCUGUCAAACAUGAAGAAAACCCUUCUAGACUCAAAGCAACAUCGCCUACAAUAGAUGAAACUGUAGCAUUGUUGCGACAUAAGCAAGACGACAGUAAAUUCGUGACAAUGGAUGUUCCUGCCAAAAGUGCUGUUAUUCGUAGUCCGUGUCAGUCCACCAGCAACUCGAUGACAUAUAACUUUAUUCCGUCGCCGUCUUCGCCUCGAAAAACAGUAACAAACUCGAAAGACGUUUUUGAGAUGAAACAUGACCCAGAAAAUAUGUCUCCUAAAAUUAAACACGCUUAUCCCAGAGAUCUUCAACCAACAUCUACAUUAUUCCAAGCAAUGAGAGAACUGAGUCAGUCCCAAUUAUCGUUGAAUCAAAAGUUUGAUGGAAAUUACACCUUACUGCCAUCUACUGGCAAUAAAAAUCUAGGAGAUAGUACUACGAAUACAUCUGCCUCUUCAGUAGCAGACUUGGAGGUUGGAAUGGCCCAAACCCGCCUGGCACCCAUUGUAUCCAUUACUGCGUCUAGUCCAGUAGAAAAUAAAUAUUCCAGCUUUAGUCCACUGGAUGAUUCCUACCCCGAUGUUUUCGGAGAUACUUCUUCGGAGUCUUUGCAAAUAAUAGGCCGUCACGACCGAGGUCGAGUGCGCAGUCAUCCACCCCGACGCUCGGCUUCAACGUCCUCCCGCCCUCAUCGAGCUCGGCCAUUAGGAACGAAACGAUAUAUGGUCGUAAACAAUAAAAAACGAUUAGCAUCGAACACAAGUGUUAUAAACUGUAGGGAAGAAGACAUUUCGGAGCCGACAAGAGCCGUAUCGAUGCCGAAAUUAAAUGAAAUUGAGCCUCAAUACGUCGACUUGGGUUCGGAUCGCAAGAAUAUGAAGCGCUCAUCGAGCAAUUUACAUAUAGAAAACGACCACGUUCAAGCUAAUGUAAAUGGAUAUCACAGACAAGGGCUGGUUACAGAAGAGAGAAUUUCUCCUGUUUCGUACGGUGAACUGAGGGAAAGCCACAGUUGUACGUCGUCAUUUUUACCACAAGAAGAGCUAGAGGUAUCGGAAAGACCGUUGACCCGUCGGUCAUCGGGUUCUGAAACAGUCGGCCACCGCAAGGCAACAAAUGUAUAUCGUAAACCAUAUUCUGGACGCGUCGAACCUGACCCAAAUCAACACAAUUCACAAAAGCAUUCUGUGCAGACCGGAAGAAUAAUUGGAAGCGACCGGUCAGCCUCAACCAGCGCCUUAAUCCCACAUACGGAUCAGAGAAUGCAUACAAAUCGAAUGACAACGGGUAGUCGGAGUCGAAAUUAUAUAUCCGACGAUGCAACAGACCAACAAAUAUAUUACAGCAAGUACCCGGGGCGACACAUGCAAUAUCGGGCGCACAGUCCUGACUUUUAUCAGUCAACCACAUCGUCUGCGGCCAGUACACCACCGUUCUCACCCCACGAUCAGAUCAGGCCUAACUCUGCAUCUGGAUACAGGAGACGAUUUUUGCCGGCUACUCCAACUCGUCCAUCGAGGAUCGUUAGUGUCAAACGAGACGAAGGAAAUAGAAUUUCGGCAUCUGCUUCGGCUGUCAUACCAUUGUCCAGACUCCACACUAGCAGUCCUCUCACGCACUAUCGUUCGGCAUCUUACGCGAGUAAUAAUAACUUAUGGAAAGGAUAUGAUGCUGUAAACAUGCUGCAAGGUCGACAGCAACCUGAAAGUCAGUAUAUGGAUCAACUCCGUGCUGGUGGUGAUUAUUACGACUGCGCUUUUGAUGAUGCUACUGAUUAUGCCGCAUCCAGACCUCUUAUAUCUCCGCCUGUACCACGGAAGCUACCCGAAGUACACAGCCGAUUAAGCCCUAGACAAUCCGGUAUAUGCAGACGAAACACCGCACCUAGUCGUGAAAGACCACAGGUAGAAAUUAGAAACGUUUUCAAUGAUGAAAAUCUUUCUCACAUUACAAGUGCGCAGUCCCAUAGCAACAUAGGAUUUUACGAAUAUCCACAACAAGAAGAUGAUAACGCCUGGAAUCAGAGAGAAUUUCCCUCCUCAGCGUUGCGGAAUUACGGCCGACACGAAAAUAACGCUAACAGCGAUGAAGAAUUGCACAGAACGGCGAACCGACGACGAGUCACAUCAGUGCGUCGAACUCUCCCGACUUCAGAGCAUACGCAGUCUUCUUCAAGACCAUCAAGUGGCCGUAAGACGUCUGUUCCGGAAGGAAUCGUCUACGCAAAUUUAAACGCAAGUCGCUUUCAGACCAGUAACGAAGAUGAAGUUGACGCAAUAUUUAGAAGCGAAACAUUGCGGGCUGCAGGAACUCGUACUCUGCCACAAGUUUCACCACGAAAGCCAAUAAAACAUGACAUAACAGACUCAGAAUGCAAUAAUGCCGACGAGGAUGUCAAAAUCCCGCUUUUGUCGGGGACUGAAACCACGCCUCGCCGUCACAGACGAGCAGGGAAGCAACUGCAAGGCGGAUCACGCACCGAAGUGACGCACCGAUCCUGGGAAGAUAAUCUUCAAGAUAGAGGAUAUGGCGAUGAUCAGAUUGGUACAAACAAAAAUGCCAAUGAACUCAACAGUCACCGUUACGGCAAUACAAGCAAAAAUGAAGAUUUUGUCUUGAAUAAUUUAAAUAACAACAACUGUAAAAAAGACACCAAUGCACGAAAAUUAAACGGGUGUGCAUUUGGUAUAAACGAUGCCACAAAGCACAAUGAGACUGGUAAUUCCGGUAUAGCAUGCUUAUAUAAUCAAGAAGAUGGAUCUACAUAUUAUCAAGGGACCGGAGAAGGAGGUUCUACGCCGUCAUUAGAUGGCGUUGCAAAAUUUGAUGCCUCCAAAUACAAGCGAGACAUUUUCAAGUCGAGGACUUUCAGUUCGACCAAGCAUAGGCGAAGUAGCUCUUCAUCAAGCGGACAUAUUGAAGACUCUAAUUGUAGAAUAAAAACACCCAAGUCGGCUCGUGAACUAAAAGCAACGGGCCCGAACUAUGAAUCCGCCAGCCUUUUAUCAUUAGAACAGUGUGUUGUGCAUAAAAAUGACAAAACUGAUGCACGCAGCACAACUGACUCGCAAAGCAAUCGUUCCUCGGUAUCGCCAAGAACAAACAAUACAUGGUGUUGAUGCUUGCACUCAUAAACUAAAAAGUUUAAUUAAGGAAAGUGUAAUAUUUCCAUUUGCCCACCGACUUUGAAAUAUUCGCGUCAUCUUUCGUUCUGGGUAUUUUUCAAAAUCAUAGCUCCCAUACGAAACAAAUAUUGCAUGAAUUUUUGCCUUUUUUAACAACUUGUUUUUUUACAUUAUAAAUAUGACAAAAAUUAUUGAAUACAACCGUAUGAUGAAACAACGUUUUCUUUCUUUCGUGUAUUUUGUACAACUUGCUCUUUAUUAUAUUCUAAUUAACGAUUUUGGUUUGAUUUGAUGGCUGUCAUCUGCAUAUUGCAAAAAUACCGUCAUCACGUGUAGUAGCAGUCUGAACAGUAAUUAUCGUCAAUGAAUAUCAAUACGAAGAAAAUGAAUCAAAGUUUAUUUAACUCCGGCGGUCUUUGUUUCUUAGUGACUUUUUCUUGAUUUCUAUUUUAUUAUCUGUCUCAAAUGUUUUAACCACUCGGUUAAGUAUUUAAUUAAAUAAUGAUGUACCGAAUUGUAUAUAGUGUGCUUGCUA